AGAGAGCAGUCAGUGCUGGAAGUCUUGCACCCCGCUGCCUUCCAUCUUCCAUCACAGAGGGGAUCUGGGGCCAUAAACAGACGGAGGCGCUUGGAGGCGUUGUAUAGGAGGACUCUUGAUAUAUAAACAAUAUAUUCAGCGUGGGUUGUGCGUGGUGAACUUUCCCCUUGGCGAUGCGGGGUCCUGGUCCUUGCUCGCCUCUCUCUGGGGAGGGCUUUCCUCCUUGGGCGCCCCCUCCCUCCAGCCAACUCUUGGGGAGGUCAUUCCAAUGAGAGGGAAGGAGGCCAACAGGCAAGGUCGAUCUCUCUCCUCUCGCUAUAUCUCUCUCUGUCUCAAGCUUUGUCUUUCUCACUAGAGGAGGCUCUGAAGGAGCCGUUGGGGCUGAUUUGAACCCGCCUUCGCCAGCCCUCCAGAAGGAAAAGGAAGGGAGAAAGAGACUUUCAGAGUCAGACUCAGCCGUGGGCUGCAAGGAAGACGCGCGCAAGCGCAUCCCAAAUGCGCCCGGCUGGGUCUAUUGGGCGCCUGUGAGAGAUGCCACCUCCGGAGAGAACGGCGUGAUUUGGGAAGUGUCUGGAGAGCAGGAAGGAAGGAGGCGAGAGAGAGAGAGAGACGCACGCACAGAGAGAGAGGAGACAGAGGCGAAGCGGCGAGGAGAAGGAUUCAGCACCUUGGAGAGCGGCGCCUGCUUUCGCCAAGACCUGUCUGCGGCUUCUUCCUCCCUCAGCAAGGAAGGGAAAGCAAAGAGAACCGGGGAAAGGAAGAGAAGACCCAAAGCUCUUCCCUGUUUUCCAAGAGGAGCCAAGCUAAGGCUGGGAGCCACGCUCAAGUGAAGAAGGAGCCUCGACUUGAGAGUAGCCAGCGUCUUCAUUCUCUUCCACUUCCUUGUCUUCCUCUCUUCCUUUCCUCAAAGAAAGGGAGAGGAUCCUUUGCACCUAUUCAUCCUCUUCUUCUCCGUUUCCUUCUCUCCUCCUUUCUCCACCUUCCUCUCCUCCCCUCUCUCUUCUUCUUCCUCCUCUUCCUGAACUCAAAGAAAGGAAGGGGAUCCUUUUCACCUAUUCUUCCUCUUCCUUGCCACUUCCCCCUCUCCUCCUUUCUCCUCCUCCUCCUCUUCUUCCUCUCCUCCCUCUCUCCCUUCCUCCUCCUCCUUCUUCCUCAUUUUCCUCUCCUCAAAGAAAGGAAGAGGAUCCUUUUCACCUAUUCUUCCUCUUCCUCUCUGCUUCCUCCUCUCCUCCUUUCUCCGCCCCCUCUUCUUCUUCCUCCUCUUCCUCUCCUCCUUUCUCCUCCUCUUUUUCUUCCACUCCACCUCCUCUCCCUCCCUACUCCUCCUCCUCAUCUUUACCUCUUCCUCUUCUUCCUCUCCUCCUUUCUUCUCCUCUUUUUCUUCCGCUCCUCCCCCUCUCUCCUCUUCUUUACCUCCUCUUCCUCUUUCUUCCUCCUCCUCCUCCUCCUCUCUUCCUCCUCCUCCUCCUCGCUGGGGCUGAUGCCCACUUGCUGAAGAAGGAGGGACGAAAGUUUGCCUGCUCUGGAGGGGAAGGGGUCUCCCCCGAUCCUUCCCCGGGCAAAGGAUCCCUGACCUGGUGUCAGGAACGAUGACCGAGCGAGGAUGUGCACCAGCGGCCAGAUCAUCGGGAGCCUCCUGGUGCUCUCCGUGCUGGAGAUAGGGCUGGGGGUCUCCAGCGUGGCCGUGGGGGCCGUCAGCUUCAGCCUGGUGCUGGCCAACGCCGAGCGGGCCACGCAGCUGGGAGACUCUUCUCCGGUAUGGAGCGGGGUGUGUUUUCUACUUUGUGGAGCUUGUGGAAUACUGUGCGCCAAAAAGAAAUCAGGACUUAUUAUGAUACUUUUCUCGGCCUGCUGUAUCUGCGGACUCAUUGGAGGAAUAUUAAAUUUUCAGUUCCUUCGAGCACUGACAAAGAAAACCUCCUAUCUCUACCCAUUACAUCUUACCUCCAUGACUCUUGCAUGCAUUGGAAUUGGUGGUUGCACUCUUUCUUCAUGGCUCACUUGCCGGCUAGCCAGCUACGAGCAAAGAAGAAUGUUUUCGGAAAGAGAGCAUUCACUGCAUCACUCCCACGAAAUGGCUGAGAAAAGAUUGAGGGGUAUUGAAAUAACCGACCUGCCCAGCUGCCCGGUGGUUCCCCCGACACCAGAGUUACCUCCAAGACAGGUGUCUACAUCACCACACCCCCACUUCAACCGACAUUAUCUGGCACCCUUUCUGGAAAUCCCAGCAGAGACCAAGGAAAUGACAGACAACAUGUGUAAUGGAGGACCUCAUCUAAUUUAUAAUGGAAGAGCAUACUGAAAGAUUUACAGAUGCUUAAGGAACAAAUGUUUUCAGAAUUAUCUUUAUGGGGAAAUGAUAGGUGCCAAUAACUUGGACUGAAGGCACUGAAAAUAUUAUGGCUUUGAUUUGCAAUAAUUUCUUAACAAAAAAGCGAGCAGCACAGUUGCAUCUCUUUUCAGAGAUUUGCUUUGAUUUUCCUUCCUGUUAUUUGAAGAUAUUUUACUGUAUAUUUUGAAAAGACACGGUAAUGAUCAUGUCUCUAAUAUUUCCUUCUUUUUUGUCUGAAUAUUUUUUCCUGCUAAUAUUUGAAACUGACUUUUUAGACUCUGCUAAAAUUCUACUUCAGAGGACUUUUUGAAAUUAAAAACAAAGCAGAACACAACAAGUUACAGACAUGAAAGUUUAAAACAAAGGAUUUGUCAAUUGUAGUAAUGGAAAUUAGACUUGAAAGGUUUGCCUUUCCUAUAUGCAGUCUAAUGAAUGAAUUAUGAGCAUGCUGAAACAACAACAAUGUCUUUGUUUUGAAAGACAGAAUGCUUAAAGGAUGCCAUAAGUCAAAACCUGAACAAUGCCUUGCUGUAAAGAAACUGUAAAUAUUUCCAAUUUGUGAAGUAUAUUUCAUAAUUUGUUCAUAAAAAGAUGUCAAAUAAAAGAAAUCUAAAAUGCGAA